AGAUUACAGUUAUUAAGUAGCCAGUGAACAUCGCGAUAAUCUUCAAAUUUUUCAAUUUUCUUUAAUAUUGGUAGAAAAAGAAAAAGAAAAAAAUAAACUUGAAUUUUUGAAAAAUAUCAUAUAAACUCGUUGAACUCGAAAAAUUCCGUUGAAAUUGUCACGUAUCAUUGCAACUUUAACAUAUAACCACCGGUUUUUCGUCUACUUAAUCGCUACGUUCUAUUUGACUCAUCUAUUUUGCAUAAGUGACGUGGUUUCAAGACUUUGAUUUUGUAUCGAUCCUUUCACUCCGGAUUCUUUACGACUUUUACGAAAAGAUACGACACCCGCAGAUAAAUAUAAAUAUUGUUUCAAAAGAAGUGUGCUUUGUUCAGUAUGACGCAUGAUCAGAGCCAGAAUGAAAAUAAUAACCCAAGCGAGAAAAAGCGAUCUAAACUUAACAAGGAAGAGACAAAACUCACCGCCACAAUGUGCUUUCGGUGUCAUCCUCAGUCGAGAAAAUAUUGGGUGUUCGGAUGUGGGACAUUUUUCAUGUUGUUUGCGAUAAUUGUCGGUUUAUUAUGGCCAACGACGGCAAAUUGGCUGUUACGCAAAGAAUUGGAAUUGAAGGAAGGUUCAAUGAGUUACAAAAAUUGGAUCGAGACCCCAUUACCAAUGUACAUAAAAUUCACGAUGUUCAACUGGACAAAUGCGAACGACAUACACGAGCCAAGUUAUAAGCCAGAUCUCGUCGAAAUGGGACCAUACGUAUUUACGGAGAAACAUAAACGAGUGAACGUGACUUUUCAUCCUGAAAAUGACACUGUGUCAUUUGAUCAAAUCCGGACGUGGCAUUUCAUGCCUGAAAUGUCAAAUGGCUCUCUAGACGACGAAGUUACGAAUGUCAACGUAAUUGCCGCGUCCGCAGUAUUUUCCCUGCGCCACUCCAAUUAUUUGAUAAAAUACGGUGCAAAUGGUCUGAUGGAGCUUCUGAAGGUGAAGUUGACAGUAACGAAGACCGUGCGAGAACUUCUGUUCGACGGUUAUUCAGAUCCAUUCUUGUCAUUCGUUAAGAAGUUCCCGGUGCCAAAUGCACCGCCAUUCAACAAAUUCGGUUGGUUUGUCGACCGCAACGGAUCGUGGACAUUCGAUGGUCAUUUUGAAAUGCGUACGGGUCAAGCGGACAUGGAAAAAAUGGGAACGUUAACUAAAUGGAAUUAUGUGAAGAAGACAAAGUUUUAUCACGAUGAAUGUAGCGAAGUAAGCGGCACUUCUGGUGAACUGUGGCCAAUGGAUAUGAAUGCAACUGCCGACAUAUCGCUAUUCGUUACUGAUUUGUGCCGACCAUUGACCCUUGCAUAUCAACAGCAACACACUCGAUUCGGCGUAACCGGAAGCCGAUGGGUUGGCGACUCACGCGUUUUUGACAAUGGGCAAAAUUAUCCACCAAAUAGCUGCUAUUGCACUGGUGCUAGGGAAAGUUGCCCAGAUUUAUUGAGAGGUGUUCACAAUAUGUCCGACUGUCGAUUCGGAGCACCGGUUUUUGCAUCAUUUCCACACUUCUAUCUCGCUGAUGAAGCCUACGUUAAUGCAGUAACUGGUUUGAGCCCGGACCAAAGUAAACACGAAUUCUCGCUGUCGUUGGAACCAACAACCGGCAUUCCGUUGGAUGUCGAUGCUAAAAUUCAGAUCAAUACCCUCAUUCAGCCAAUUUCUGGAUUUAAAUUGUACAAAAAUGUGCCGAAAUUGUUAAUUCCAGCAUUUUGGUUCGCUCAAACCGUUGAAUUGGACGAAGAUAUUGCAAAGUCUGCUAAGAUUGCUCUCCAAUUACCGUCAAUCGGAAUGUACCUAGCAUACGGAGUGUCUGGUCUCGGAUUUAUUCUGUUGUUGGUCGGUGCUGUGCUCACAUACACCAAGUCAUGGACAACCACAUACGAAAAUCUGGACGAUGAACUCACAACCGACAGCACGGCCAGUUAAAUUGCAUCGAAACUAGUCAAACCACGACCAAAUCCAAUUGUUCCAUUGGAUCCUUGCCACGAGUAUACAUAUACCACGAGUUUCAUAACGAAAGCGGCGCCAUUUUCAACGACGAGUUGUUCUUUUGUUUUUAAUAUUUUAUCUAAUUAGGUUUCUAUUUCGCGUUCAAGAUGUGAUUGUGAUAGCAAUUUUGAAAUUUCUAAAAACAAUUUAAUCUAUCGAGAGAAAAAUUUAAGUGCCAAAACUAAGAAAAAAAUAGACAUUCGAUUUUGCUUAUCGUUUUAUCGAUUUGGAAGCACAAAAUAUGUAUGUUGUCAAUGUCAUCCUAAGUGGAGCAACACACAAUCUCUUGACAUGUUUCUCGGUUUAUUACCGUCCGCUAUUGAGCGCUUCCACAUUCUAAAUUCAUUAGUUCAAUUAUAGCAAAAAAAAAUUAGAGCAUUUGAGCCGGUCAAGCAUAGGCAAAUGUUGUGCAACAUUUGACAAUUUAUUAUCAUUAUAAACCGUUCUAUACAAAUUGUGAUUAAGCAAUAUACAACAAAAUGAGAACAACCGUUUACUUGCCAGGUUGGUGAAUAUACACGUCAAACCAAAUGAAAAUGUAAUAGUCAUUGAAUCGACACCAAAAAAACAUAAUUUAAAUGCACGGAAUUCCUAGUGCAUUAUCAACGAACAAUCAACAGUAUUGAAAUAACUAAAUGAGAUUCACAACCUAGAACAAGGCAUAGUAUAUUAAUAAUUUGGAACCUUUUUUUUUUCAAAUACAUUCCAUUUUUAAGCCAUUUUUUUGUCAAUUAAACGAAUUAUAUUUCUUUCUACA